UGACUUCAAAGGUAUAACACCCAAAUGGAGAACCCCAGUGAAAACCCCAAAAUUUUCUGUUAGGGUUCUGACUAUAUUCAUCAAUGGUGUCGAUUUCGACAUCUCAGGUGUUGUAUUGAAGGAUGAUUGAAGAAGUGGAUAUUGUUUUCAACUAUGGGGGCAAAUGGGAAACUUCACCGGAGCUGGUGUACAAUGAAAAAUUUCUGCACACCUGGUAUGGUAAAAAUACUUGUUUAAUUAAUUAUGAUGAUUUGUGUCAAGAUACUCUAUCAAAGAAAUAAGAGGACAACUGGUAAAGAAUUUUAAGUUUAAUGUCUCGAAAGACAAUCUUAAAAGGGCCAAAACAAUGGCUUUUGAUAAGCUGGAAGGCAGUUUCAAAGACGACUAUAAUAGGCUUGAAGCUUAUGGUCAGGAACUUAGGCAGUCCAAUCCAGGAACCGAUAUGGUAAUUAACAUCUCUAAAGAUGCACUUGAACAAGGUAAAAGAAGGUUUUUGAGAAUGUACAUUUGCUUCAAGGUUUUGAAGGAAGGAUGGAGAAGUUUGAGACCUCUAAUUGGUUUAGAUGGAACAUUUCUGAAAGGGAAAUGUAAGGGGCAGCUAUUGGUAGCUACUGGCCAAGACUCAAUGAACUAUUUUUACCCACUAGCUUGGGCAGUAGUGGAAAAGGAAAACACAAGAACAUGGACUUGAUUUAUUCAGUUGUUGAAGAUUUCUUUGGAGCUUAAAAGUGGUGAAGCUCUGACAUUUAUCUCUGACAUGCAAAAGGGUCUAUUGGAUGCAGUAUCCAAUGUUCUUCCAGAAGCACAUCAUAGGUGGUGUAUGAGGCAUAUAGAAGCCAACUGGUGUAAGAAAUGGAGGAGUGGUGAAGAGAAAAAAUUGAUGUGGUGGUGUGCAUGGAGUACUUAUGAAGAAGAGUUCAAAGACACCUUGAAGGUGUUAGGAAAAGUGGAUGAAGAUUCAGUUAGUGAUCUUCUUCAUUUUCCUGCAAUUAAAUACUGUAGGGCAUAUUUUGAUACUCAAUGCAAGAAUCUAAUGGUGGACAAUAACUGUACUGAAUCUUUUAAUAGUUGGAUACUUCAAGCUAGACAAAAACCAAUCAUUAAAAUGCUGGAGGAAAUUAGGUUGAAGGUGAUGAAUAUGUUGGUGAAAAAUGAAGAGAUGGGCAGGACUUGGCAAAAUGAUAUUAGUCCAGCAGCUAAGAAAUUGUACAAUGACUAUAGAUUAAUGGCUACCACUUGUACAAUUGAGUUUAAUGGAGAUUAUGGUUAUGAGGUGAAAGAUGGGGGAGGACUGGCAUACAGUGAAUUUGGAGUUGAAGAAAUGCACUUGUAAGUUAUGGGACUUGAGUGGAAUACCAUGUCACCAUGCCACCAAGGCACUCAUGCACAAAAAGAUUGAUCCAUUGGAAGAGGUCCACUACUGGUAUAAAAAAGAGGCUUAUCUAUUGACAUAUAAACAUAAAUUGCAACCAGUAAGGGGUCCCUAAUUCUGGAAAAUAUAUCCUGCUCACGCAAUGGAACCUCCAGAAAUUGUCAAACUUGUUGGUAGACCCAAGACGAAAAGAAACAGAGAACCUGAUAAGGCAAGUUUGAGAAAAAGGGCAUGGAAGGAGUCAAGAAAGGGAACUCUAAUGAGAUGCAACAAGUGUGGUGAUUUCAAUCAAAAUGUAAGGGGAUGUUUAAAGAACUAUGAAGGUGGUGAAAGUUAUCAAGGAAGAAAGAAGAAAACAAGCAGCCAAAGGUCUAGGAGUCAAGGUGGACAAAACUCUAAACAAAGUGUCAAUUUAGAGUAUGAGGCAGAAGCUGCAACCCAACAAUCUCAAACACAACAGUCGACUGCAUAUGGUCCUGAGAUUGGGAAUGAAGAAGAUCCACCAUUGAGGCCAAUGGUAAUUUCUGAGACACAAGCAGUGCUGGAAAGCAGGUCUCAAAGAGUUGCAGCAACAACAGGGAACAUAAAGAUUGCUUUUAAGGGGGAUGCCAAAGGAGUCUCUAUCCCUUCAGAUCUACCAUAUUCACCAAAGAAGAUUACUUGGAAGGUUAAGGAAGUAGUCACUACCGGUCAGUUGCAAGCUGAAGCAAGGAAGAAAAAAAUGAAGCAACUAGCAGGGAAGGGCAAAUGUCCUAUGGGUCCUGAUGAUGAUCUUGUUUAGAAGUUAAUGUGUAGUUUAUGGUAUUUGACAUUAGCUGGUUAUUUUGGAUAGUGUCAUGUGAUGUAAAUCCAAACAAUUUCUUUUGCGACCAACCAUAAAGUAUGUAUUUGUGGUUGGUUUAACCACCUGAAGGUUAAACUACUUUUGUUCGGAACUGUUGCACUAAUUUGAAGUUAGACUGUCAUCUGAA